GCGUCAGCAGAUCUGACCCUAAAAAUAGGCUCUUGGAUGCCAGUGGAGGUGGCCGGGUGUGCGGCUGCCACACGCCCCACAGACCAGCACCUCCUGCCCCGGCCAGGCCCCAACGCACACAGGCGCAUUCCAAGCCCGACUUGGGUGGUGUCAUGGAAGAAAUGUGGUGUGCAUGCAUUUCAACACAGACUAACUUUCCCCCAAGAUCCUGAUGCAGUAGGAAGAAAGGAAAGAAAACCCCUCGGCUCCAAAAUGACAUCCAGAGAAACGAAGACAAGCCUCCCAAACGCCUACCCACCUGCCAAGAGGCUGUUGCCAAGGGGGGAGGAGGAGGUAGAAGCAGAUGACUACUGUACCCCCGGAGCCUUCGAGCUGGAGCGUCUCUUCUGGAAGGGCAGUCCUCAGUAUACCCACGUCAACGAGGUGUGGCCCCAACUCUACAUCGGUGAUGAGGCGACCGCACUGGACCGCUACGGGCUGCAGAAGGCGGGCUUCACGCACGUGCUCAACGCCGCCCACGGCCGCUGGAACGUGGACACUGGGCCCGACUACUACCGGGACAUGGCCAUCGAAUACCACGGCGUGGAGGCCGACGACGUGCCCACCUUCGACCUCAGCGUCUUCUUCUACCCGGCGGCCGCCUUCAUCGACGCCGCGCUCAGCCGCGACCACAGUAAGAUCCUGGUUCACUGUGUCAUGGGCCGCAGCCGGUCGGCGACCUUGGUCCUGGCCUACCUGAUGAUUCACAAGAACAUGACCCUGGUGGAUGCCAUUCAACAAGUGGCCAAGAACCGCUGUGUCCUACCCAACCGGGGCUUUCUGAAGCAGCUCCGGGAACUGGACAAGCAGCUGGUGCAACAGAGGCGACAGGCCGAGCACAGUGACAACAGUGAGAAGGCUGAUGAGGAGCCGUAGGGCCUCUUGCAGGGCACGUGGAGACACUCGGGAACGGAGAAAGAAGUCCCAAAGAGCCCUGCCCUGUGGCUUGGGAGGGUGAAACCAAAGCUUGACUUUCUCCCAUCUUAAACCUCCAGGUGUGUGCUGAUGAACAGGGAGGAUUCAAGGCUGCCUCCCGGAGGAGCACUUGGCUUCACAGCAGAAUGGAGCAGUCUACUCAGCAAAUUGGUUACAGAUGAGCACACAGUUCUGCACAAAGGCGCCUGUAUUUUUUUAUCUCUCUCUCUCUCUCUCUCUCUUUUUUUUUUUAAAUCUAGUAAGAUGGAAGCAGAAAAGGAUUGGAAAAUGUGUAGGCAUUGUGCUGUGAUUAAA